AUGACUUCUCAUUCAGAUGAUGGAAUAAAAGACCAGACAUUUGCAAUUGCUAAUUAUGGAAUUAAUGACAAAUGUGAAUGGCUACAGUACUCCAAUCGUAUUAUAUCCCAAGUUUUAUGUAUUUGGCUACAUUCUACAAUUAUUAGCCGACUGUUAAUUGUAAAUAAUUUCAAAGUGAUAAGUGAUUAUCAAAUUUUGAUUAUUGUACAAUCUGCGAUCAAUAUUGUUGCUUGUAUUUUCGAAUUAAUAGUCAAUGAGAUCCAGACUCAAAACAUCGACUAUGUCAAAAUUGGCCACCCUUUUUGGAAUUUUUCGAUGAGUGAAAGAAUUUUGUAUAUAAUCUUCAUGAAUACGUCAGCAACGAGCUCCCAGGAUAUAUUGAUGUUAUUCAAUUUGCACAGACUUUUUAUAAUAAAGAAAAAACGUUUGCUCAUCCUCUACUCCAUCGCCAUACCUCUGAUGCUCAUUGGCCCAAUUUUGGAUGCUUAUGACUGUUACCCAAUAAUUCAGGCUGGUCAAGAUGUGGACCUUUUUUAUCGUCACGGACAGAUUCCAGUUUUGGCCACUGUAAUUAUAAUUUGCUACGUCAAACUGAAGCAUGAAUUUGCGACGAAUCAAAAUUUUUCGGAAAAGACGAAACGAUUGCAGCAGAAGUUGAGUUGGAGUAUUAUGAUGCAGCUCAUUCUUCUCUGCGCCAUUGCCGUCCUUAUCUCUGUUAUACCUGAAUCAAUAAAAGCUAUUCGCUAUGAUUUGUACUUGAAUUAUAUGGUCAAUUAUACAAUUUACUCCCUAGUUCUGACCAAAUGGUAUCCUUUCCUAUCUGCUGUAUUCAUCGCUUGGUCUAUUGCCGGAUUUUUCAAGAACAAUAGCAGUCCACCGACAACUAAACAGCACUCGGAUGUCAAAAUUUUUCAAGUAGAACCGCAGAAAAAUAGAGAAGUUGCCGCUCGUAAGAUGUCACCACUGGCGUAG